AUGGAUGGGGACCUCAGUCUUUCCCAGUCGUUGGGUGGUCUGCGUAUAGCGAACCCAGAUGAUGCGUCACUACAUUCGUCCGAGGAUGCCACGACUCCCGCGGCGAGUGCUGCUCCUACACCCUCGGUCGUACCGGAUUCGAAAUACGAACAUACAGUCUCCGACUUACCACCGAGUAGUUCGGUAUCGCCAUUCACUCCCGCAGACGAUCGCGACUCCGUCUACCCGUCGUAUCGCCCUGAUGUACAGCCGCAACCUACCUCGCAUUAUACCUCCCCCUUUACGUCUCAACCGCAACAUCCGGCCCCAUCGACUUCCUCGCGCCCCGUAUCGGCCUUAUUUGCAAAUGGCGCUGCCUCAGCAGCCGCUGUUCGAGAAGGAUCAUAUCGCAUCCGAACGGAUUCCGCCGCCUCGUCUGCCUCCGAAAGCAUAGCACGCACCGAGCGUGGCGGUUCCGCAGCACUCCAGGCUGGCGUUCCAAUCCGUGAUAAUAGCCACAGUGAUCGCUCUUAUAAAACAGCGCAGAUCCCACCUGCAAAUGGGGUGGCGGUAAUGCGUCAACCAUCUAGAGCGCGCGCCGCGGCUCCUCCGCAGCUUUCCGGAGCCCCGUAUGGAAUGGAAAACGGCCCGAUGACAAGUAGUGAAGAAUGGCAGGACCGUGGCGCUGCCGUUGCAGUUAGACAGGAGAUUGAUGCGAAUGGGAAGCCGGUCGCGCGAUACAUCAAGAAAGGGGUCCGGGAUUUCUCCUUUGGUCACACCCUCGGUGAAGGCUCUUAUAGUACCGUCGUACUUGGCACAGACCGACAAACGCUCAAAGAAUACGCAAUUAAGAUCCUCGAUAAACGUCACAUUAUCAAGGAGAAAAAGGUAAAGUAUGUAAAUAUUGAAAAGGACACACUUAAUCGGCUCACCGACCACCCCGGGAUUGUUCGGCUGUAUUAUACCUUCCAGGAUGAGCGCUCGCUCUACUUCGUCCUGGAUCUUUGCAAAGGGGGCGAGCUCCUCGGGGUCCUGAAGCGAAUGACCACCUUUGAUGAGGAGUGCACGAGGUUUUACGGUGCUCAGAUAUUGGAUACCAUUGACUACAUGCACAAAUGUGGAGUGAUCCAUCGUGAUCUCAAACCGGAGAAUGUUCUCCUGGAUAGCCAGAUGUAUGUUAAAAUUACCGACUUUGGCACCGCGAAGAUCCUCAAGAGUCAACCAUCGAAUUCAAACCAAGGCGGAAUCCCGUCGCUGGAUGCCGAUAUGCCCGAGGAAGAAAGGGCCAGCUCCUUUGUGGGUACCGCAGAGUAUGUCAGCCCCGAACUAUUAACGGACAAGAAUGCGUGCAAAGCGAGUGAUCUUUGGGCGUUUGGCUGCAUAAUUUAUCAGCUUAUAGCUGGUCGACCGCCAUUCAAAGCCGGGAACGAGUACCAAACGUUCCAAAAGAUCGUGGCGCUCGACUACGAGUUCCCUGUUGGCUUUCCUAGUAUCGCCCGUGACCUCGUUGAGCGCCUGCUCGUUCUUGAUCCGGCCCGUCGCCUUCCUAUCGAACAUAUCAAGAACCACGAAUUCUUUCAUGGAGUAUCCUGGGGCGCAGAGUUGUGGAAGCAAAAGGCACCGCGCCUGAAAGCUUACUCCCCGCCGCCUCGGGAACCCAUCAAACUCAACGGUGGUUCUAGUGGGGAGAGCUUUCCUCCGAGCAUUAGUACCGCACCAUCAAACAACGCUUCUUCUCGAGUGGUGCCUAGGCUGGUCACUGAAGUGCCCGCACCCAGCCAACUUGAUAUUGAGUGGUCCCCUGUUCUGACAAAAACCAACGAACGAAUCCUGAAAAUGGGCAACCUGGUCGUUGUGUCCUCCCCGCCCCCUCACAGUCCCGUGUCCAAGAAUGGAAGUGAAUAUGAAGCACCCAAAAAAUUCUCGCGGUUCUUUGGGGGUAGUACGACUAAAAAGCGGCAGCGGUUAGUCAUGGUCACUUCUUCUGGGCGCAUCAUCAUGGCUGCUGCUGGGGGAGACGAAAAGAAGGCGAAACUGGAGAUUUCUCUGCUUGCUCCAGGGACACAUUACCGCAGUUCCACGGAUGCAAAAGGGUCGUCGUGUUGGAUUGUGGAUACGCGUGACAAACAUUUUGUCUUUGAAGACCCGAAACCCUCUUCGAACAACCUGGGUGCAACUGCUUUAUCAGCGCAGGAAUGGCUGGAUACUUUAGAUAGAGCACGGGAGAUGGCACUGGCCCUUCAAAGCAGUGGGCCAUAUUCGGCUGACGAGGCAUUCCGUGACAUUUCGUCUGGAUUAUCGAGCCACGCCAAUACUCUCGACCAAAGCUCAGACACUGUACACGACGGAUCCUCCGGACGAGCUACUUUGGUUAAACACCAUGCGAACGAUUCCGAUUCUAUCAAGGGAAAGAAGCGUUUUAGUAGACGGCAUUCAAAGAACGGCCUGGCUGCAGUGUUUUAA